GGGGACGUAUUUCUUUGUUGCACACUUCCUCUCUCUUCCGGAAAGUUGUGUGCAGUCAGAACUGUACAAGGAAGGCUAACUACGAAGUAUUUAUAUCGAUUUCACCGGAUGAAUUUCAUCUCAGCAGGCAGACCGGUCAUUUUGAGGCCUGUUGAAUGGCUGCUCCACCCUCACCUCAUAACCGUAGUCGACCCAAGGAUGAAGAGGAAGAGGACUUGGUGGACCGGAUCGUGGGGCGAACAGGAUGUGCUGGACAGCACUAUGCUGUACAGGAGUGCAUGGCGGAACAUCAGGACUGGCGUAGGUGCCAGGAACAGGUGCAGAGCUUCAAAGACUGUAUGGCUGCCUUCCAGAAUGCUAGGAAGGAGCAACUGUUGAAGCAGAGAGUAGGAGAGAUGUCCUAGCAGUGAAUGAUGAGCUUGCUGCUGCUGUCACCUUUGACAGUGGUUUAGAAAGUGUUGCGUUUUGAUUUUUUUUUCCUUGUUCAUAACCAUACAUCUUCUGUCUUUAUGUAAAAUUGUAUUACAUAAAGAAAACCUUGUUAAGAUUAGUUUUUUUGAAUAAAUUGGCCACAGUGAUA